AUGAGAGAGGUUAUUUCCCACAUGAUCAUGGUUCAUGAAUUACCUUUUAAUUUUGUGGAGUAUGGACUGUUUAAUGUGGUAAUGAAAGAAGCAAAUCCAGGAUUUAACAAGAUCUCACGUGCUUCUGUUAAACAAGAUUGUAUUUCCAGUUAUGAGAUUGGAAAGAAAAGAGUUCAAAAAUUAUUGGGUUCUGUCAAGCGUGUGAGCAUCACUACAGAUAUGUGGACAUCGAAUCAAAACAUCCAUUACAUGGUAGUUACAUGCCAUUUUGUAGAUUCUGAUUUCAAGCUUCACAAACGCAUAUUAAGUUUUGUUGACUUGUCUCCACCGUAUUCUGGAGCAUGUAUCUAUGAUUCACUUUUUAAGUGUCUAAAGGAGUGGAACAUUGAGACAAAGGUGGUGACUUUGACAGUGGACAAUGCUAAGACUAAUGAUGUGGUGGCUAGAAAAUUGAUGGAAAAUUUGAAUCUUCAGAAGAAACUUGAUGUUGGUGGAAAAUUAUUUCAUGUGCGGUGUUGUGCACAUAUUCUUAAUUUGUUAGUUCAUGAUGGUCUUGGAGAAAUUGAAGACAUAAUUCAUAAUGUUCGUGAGAGUGUGAAACAUGUCAAUGCCUCUCCGGAGUUCAAAGAAGUGUUUGUGAAUUAUGUCGAUCGAGAGUCUACAUACACUACUUUACUGAGCGAGGAAGACUGGAAAAAAGUUGAAGAGGUUUGCUCAGUCUUGGCACUUUUCAAUGAAGCUACAAAAAUCAUUUCAGGUUCCGAAUAUCCUACAUCCAAUUUAUUUCUUAGCGAAUUGUUUGGGAUAAAACUAGAAUUGGAUGCAGUAGUUUUAGGAGGAAGUGAUUACAUGGUAGCUAUGGCUAUGAAGAAGAAGAAAAAAUUUGACAAGUAUAAAAUGAAAUUGCUUGAGUUUUCUUUCCAUACUAUUUAUUCACAUGAUGAGGCUUCGAGAGAAAUACAAAUAGUUCGAUGUAUUUUAUAUGAGUUGUACCAAGGAUAUGUUGAGGCUCAUAAAGCAGCAAAUGUUGUUUCAUCUACUGAUGGGAGUCAAAGUGUUAGUAUUGGUGGUACUUCUAAGAGUAGUGUUAGCUCCUUAUUCAGUCAAUUUGGUAAAGGUAUUAAAACUGGCACAGCUAAAUAUGACCAGCAUAUUAGAAGUGUCGAUACUUUUACAUUUGUCAAGUCAGAAUUGGACACUUAUUUGGAGGAAGGAGUUUUAAUUGGUGAGCCUGGUGUAUAUUUUGAUGCCUUGGGAUGGUGGAAGGAGAACAAUAUUAAAUUUAACAUUUUGUCAAAAAUGGCUGCUGACAUAUUGGCAAUUCCAGUCACUACUGUUGCUUCUGAAUCUGCUUUCAGUGCUGGUGGGAGGGUUAUUGAUCCGCAUCGAUCCUCUUUAGGAACUAAGAUGGUAGAUAUGCUUGUUUGUGGAGCUGAUUGGUAUCGUCAAUACUAUGGGUUAGAGAAAAAUAAAAACAAGGAUGGAUGA